AUGUGGGAGAAUAAAAUAAGAGAAAUCAACCGAGAACACCGAAAAAACGUCCCCUGCCUUAUCAAACAACUGAAGGACAUGCGGAACAAAAAACGCCAGGGGGAACCCGUCACUGAAGUGGACAUAAAGAAGUCGUUGUUUUAUGCCAAUGAAGUGGAUAAUGCGGACAAUUACCGAAUGUGCAUUCGAAAUUUGUUCCCAAAACGUCUUACUGAUGUAAAUUCAGAGGUUAACGCCUCCUCAACUUUAAACGGAUUACUUCCCGACCGGGAAGCUAAUCCCACAUCAAAUGCCUCGGCAGAGGUAAAUCAACAAGGGACCAGUUCCCGAAAACGUAAUCAUUCAGUUGAUUCAGAGGACCAAGUUCCUAAUGCUGUUGGAGAGGAAACUCUCAGCGAAUCUACAGCGAAUUGCUGCACUGACAAGAAUUCGACCGAAUUCUUUUCACCUGAUGCCUACCUUUUGGAAUCCGAGUUUCCAGCGAAGAUAAAGGAAAUUCGACGAAGUGGCAAGUGUGCCAUAAGAGUCCUUAUUGUCCAUUACCUCAUGGACAAUGAGGCUGGCAUUGAAAAAUGGUACACCGGAAGAGAUGUUAGGAAAGACGGCAAGAUUUUGGUAACAUGCGACGGACAUGGAUGUAAAGUAAGAUUUGUUCUUAUGAUCCUCAACCCGCUGAUGGUAACGCUUGAGAAGAGUCCUACUUCCGAGAGAGAGCGUCCACGGCUAGAUUUCCAAAGCGAAGAGGUGCUCGAAAUCACUAAUUAUGAAAUCGAGUCUUUCAAACUUCAAUUUCAUACUUGUGAUGAUCUUCAGGAAAUUCCGGAUCUUGAGAAGGCUGGCGACAAUAUGGACUAA